CAAAUGCAUACGCAAGGAGGAGUGUGGCUGCCAGUAUAAUGGGCAUUAUGUCCAGCCAGGAGAGACCUUCUGGGGCGAUGAUCAGUGCACAGAAAUAAUAACUUGCACCUCAGGAAAAAUUACAAGAGCGAAGUCCUCCUGUGGUCUUGGUAAGACUUGUGCUGUGAAGAACAGCGUUAGUUCCUGCCAAGCUGUUAAAUCUGCUGUCUGCACUAUCUCGGGUGACCCUCACUACAACACCUUUGACCAUGUAAAGUACGACUUCAUGGGAACCUGCACCUACACAGCCUCUGAGAGCUGCCAUCUGGACGGUACUGACCUCACCCCCUUUACUGUUGUGGUGGAGAAUGAGAAAUGGUACGCCAUGUCAAAUGAUCCCAAAGUGUCUGUGGCUAAGCUGGUGGCUGUGACCAUUUAUGGUAACACCAUAAUCCUGCGCAGGAAUCAGGUUGGACUGGCCAUGGUGAAUGGAGCCAUUAUGAACCUCCCUGUGAACCUCAAUGAUGGACAGAUUGUCAUCCAGCAAAUUGGUGCCAAUGAUGUAAUCUCAACUAACUUUGGGUUGAAAGUGACCUAUGACUUGGUGUACCAUGUCACUGUCACAGUUCCUGAUACAUACGCUGGCAAGACCUGCGGUCUCUGUGGCAACUUCAACGGCAAAACAGACGAUGAGUUUCAGCUCCCUGAUGGCAAAAUAACCAAAGAUGUGACCGCUUUUGGGUCCUCAUGGAAAGUUGGUGUGCCUGGUGUAGUUUGUGAGAAUGGCUGCGAAGGUGACAAUUGUCCCAAAUGUCCAGCAAGCGAGAGGCUCAAGAUUGAAUCUGAGUGUUCCAUCAUCACUGACCCCAACGGACCCUUUGCAGCAUGUCACAAUGUUAUUGACCCUGCAUCCUACUACCGAGAUUGUGUCUAUGAUGUUUGUGUGACAGAGGGAAUCCAGAUGCUUUGUCACAGCAUUAAUGCCUAUGUCAUUGAUUGCCAAGAUGUGGGAGUUAAGGUCUUGAACUGGAGGACACCCAACCUAUGUCCCCUGACCUGCCCAACAAACAGCCAUUACAGCAUCUGUGCUUCACCCUGUAAGACCCCAUGUCCUGGGCUUACCAGCGUUACCUGUGCUGAUGUCUGCGCUGAGGGAUGUGCCUGCAACACCGGCUACUACUUUGAUGGAACAGGUUGUGUACCACAGGACGAGUGUAGUUGCUACAUCAACGGAAAGACCCUCAAGAUUGGAGAGACAGUGGUGGCCGAUGACUGUACUGUCAAAUAUAUUUGUCCUAAAUCUGGACAUGGCCAUACUGAAUCCAUGUCUUGUGCCAUUGAUGAGACCUGUGAGGUUAAGAAUGGCAUUCGUGGAUGCCAUGCCAAGCAGUGCAUUAUGGGAAAUAAUGGGGUUUUCACCACCUUUAAUGGCAGAGUAGCAGAUGUGGGAAGAAAAGACAGUGGAAUGUAUGAUCUGGUGACAACCUGUGACAGCACCACAACAGAGGGGUGGUUCCGGGUCUUGAUGGACCUGCAAUCCUGUGGGCAGACUGGUCCAGUGAUUGCUGUUGGCAUCGCUGCCUUCUUCGAUGGUGCAUUUAUCACGGUCAACAGCCAGUUUGAGACCUGGGUUAAUGGAUUGAGGGCAACUCUGCCCAUCAAGCUGGAGAACGGGGUUUCCAUUCAAGUAACAAACGACCUGCUGGUGAUCGAGAAGAAGUCUGCUGUUGUUGUGUCUUACAGUCGGUCACAGGAGAUCACAGUGACCGUCAGUGACAGUGUGGCAGAGCAACUGUGUGGAGCAUGUGGAAGGCCAGCUGAGAGCCUUUCAGUCUCCGUACAGAGCAACGUUUUUGAAUGGUCACCAGUACAUUUUACAACGUGUCCACAGUGAAGAAUCACAGAACCAAGGAUUCAUCAUGAGGAUGCCAAAGAAGCUCACAUCUCCAACUGAGUUAAAAAAUUAACCAGUGAUGAUGAACAUGCCCUAAUGAGAUAAUAAAAUGGUGCAAAAAUCAUAACUGCCAUAUCUGUUAUCACCAGUUACAACUUUUACUG